CCCUGCAGAUUUUCCCCCUCCGCCCGCUAGGCAAGGCCCGCGGAAGCUACCGUUGCCGCUCGAGCUUUCAUUGCGACUCCGUUACUUGAAGGAAAACGCGACUGUCGCGAAAUUUCUAAUCAUAAUGGCUACGGAAGAGAAUGAGAUUAAGGACGAGCGCCUGGAACACCAGGAAGAGGCCGGUGACGAUGAGGAGGAGAUUGCGGCGAUGAAGAAGCGAGUGGCCGAAAUGGAAUCCGAAGCCGCGAAGCUGCGCGAGAUGCAAGCUACACUCGAUCAGCAGUCGGAGAAUCUGCGUGAGGACAAAGAGGAGAUCGACGCUCGGAGUGUCUUCGUCGGUAACGUGGACUACGGUGCCUCCCCCGAGGAGAUUCAGGCACAUUUCCAAAGCUGCGGCUCAAUAAACCGUGUCACUAUCCUCUUGGACAAGUUUUCGGGUCAACCUAAGGGGUACGUUGCAGCGCAUCCGCCAGUCAGGGGCUCAUGUGCUGAUCCGAUCUACAGUUAUGCCUAUGUAGAAUUCGCAGAACCCAGUUUGGUGGCUCAGGCCCUGGUCCUGAACGAGAGUGUCUUCCGCGGUCGGAACCUGAAGGUCGUUCCCAAGCGUACUAACCUGCCCGGCAUGGCCCGUGGUCGUGGACGAGGUGGAUUCCGAGGCGGCCGGGGCUACCGUGGUGGCUUCACGCCCCGUGGAGGAUAUCGCGGUGGCUACCGUGGCCGGGGUCGCGGCUAUGCGCCCUACUAAGGGCAUUCCGUACGAGGCGACGAGGCGACGCGUGCCGGUGAAGUUUGGUGCAUAGACUCGACAAAGAAGCGCGGCGGAGACGUCCGUUGGGACCGCUGGUCGGGGUCUUAAACGCACAUAUCUCUGAUCUAAGACAACGUUCUCUGAAGUUAUGGACUGGGUGUACUUUGUAUGAUAACAAUCCGGCAAUCUCGGAUUGGGCCAGAUGGGCGAAGCACUGAAGUCGCUUGUUUCUGUGGUGAUUGUCAUAAAGCCUACAGAGAAUUGCUUACGAUCAAAGCAUCGG